GUGGAUCCACCAGCUGCGCAACCCCAGGGUGCUUCCACCGAGGAAGUGGGUCUUGUUUUGGGCUUUCCCCUCUUCUACAGGCUGAAGAGAUCUACAUUCACGUAGAAGAAAAUGUCCGCUCCAGCAAGCAAUCCUUUCCGGGAUCUGGUGGAGCCACUCAGCCCCGAGGCACCAGGCCAGAGGUUCUUCAAUCCCACAAAGCUCGGAGAUCCCAGAUAUGAGAGGCUGCCGUUCUCUAUCCGGGUCCUGUUGGAAUCGGCCAUCAGAAACUGUGACGAGUUUCUGGUGAAGAGCUCAGAUGUGGAAAACAUCCUAAACUGGCAGCACACCCAGACUCAGAGUGUGGAGGUACCGUUCAGGCCUGCCCGUGUCAUCCUCCAAGACUUCACCGGUGUUCCUGCUGUGGUGGACUUCGCGGCCAUGCGAGACGCCGUGAUGAAAUUAGGCGGCGACCCAGAGAAGAUUAAUCCAGUUUGUCCUGCUGACCUCGUCAUCGAUCAUUCCAUCCAAGUGGACUUUAACAGGAAGUCUGACAGCCUUCAGAAAAACCAGGAUUUAGAGUUUGACCGCAAUAAAGAGAGAUUCCAGUUUUUGAAGUGGGGCUCCAAAGCCUUCAAGAACAUGCGGAUCAUUCCUCCAGGUUCCGGAAUUGUUCACCAGGUCAACCUGGAAUAUUUGGCCCGGGUGGUGUUUAAUUACGACGGCUACUUCUACCCAGACAGUCUGGUGGGCACAGAUUCCCACACCACCAUGAUUGAUGGCCUGGGCGUUCUAGGCUGGGGUGUGGGUGGCAUCGAGGCAGAGGCUGUGAUGCUGGGCCAGCCAAUAAGCAUGGUGCUGCCAGAGGUGGUGGGAUACAGACUGCACGGGACCCCAGACGAGCUCAUCACCUCCACGGACAUCGUCCUCACUGUGACAAAGCACCUCCGUCAGGUGGGUGUAGUGGGGAAAUUUGUGGAGUUUUUUGGCCCAGGUGUGGCCCAGCUGUCCAUCGCUGACAGAGCCACCAUCGCUAAUAUGUGUCCAGAGUACGGGGCCACGGCAGCGUUCUUCCCAGUGGACGACGUCAGUAUAAACUACCUGGAGCAGACUGGACGGGAACCAGAAACGCUGGCCUACAUUACCAAGUACCUGAAGGCAGCAGCCAUGUUCAGGGACUAUAAUAAUGUUGCUCAGGAUCCAGAUUUCACUCAGGUGGUAGAGUUAGACCUCAGCACAGUGUUGCCCUGCUGCAGCGGCCCCAAGCGGCCCCAGGAUAAGAUUCCUGUUUCUGAAAUGAAGACAGACUUUGAAGCCUGUCUGGGAGCCAAGCAAGGAUUUAAGGGAUUCCAGGUGGCCCCUGAACGCCACAACUCUGUGGUCCCCUUCCAGUUCAAUGGGAAGGAGUACACACUGAGCCACGGCUCGGUGGUCAUCGCUGCAAUCACCAGCUGCACCAACACCAGCAACCCGUCCGUCAUGCUUGGAGCAGGGCUCCUUGCUAAGAAAGCAAUAGAGUGUGGUCUGAGUGUGAAGCCGUACAUAAAGACCAGCCUGUCCCCCGGCAGCGGGGUGGUGACGUACUACCUGAAGGAGAGCGGUGUCAUGGACUACCUCUCUCAGCUGGGCUUUGAUGUUGUUGGCUAUGGCUGCAUGACGUGUAUUGGGAACAGUGGCCCACUCCCAGAUUCAGUGGUGGAGGCUAUAACCAAGGGGGAUCUGGUUGCUGCGGGGGUCCUGUCAGGAAACAGAAACUUUGAAGGCCGGGUACACCCCAACACCAGGGCCAACUAUCUGGCUUCUCCACAGCUAGUCAUUGCUUACGCAAUAGCUGGCACGGUGAGGAUAGACUUCGACAAGGAACCUAUUGCCACUAACUCUAAAGGUAAACCGAUCUUCCUGAAGGAUAUCUGGCCCACUCGGGAUGAGAUCCAGGCAGUGGAGAGAACAUUUGUCAUUCCGUCCAUGUUCAAAGAAGUCUAUGAGAAGAUAGAGAAAGUGAACGAACGUUGGAACUCUCUGGUGGCUCCUUCUGACAGUCUGUACACCUGGGAUGAUGAAUCAACCUACAUCAAGUCACCACCAUUCUUUGAUGGAUUGACCAUGAAGCUGCCGCCUCCUGAGUCUAUAAGAGAUGCCUAUGUGCUGCUGAACCUGGGGGAUUCGGUUACGACAGACCACAUCUCCCCUGCAGGGAACAUCGCCCGGAACAGCGCCGCAGCUCGCUACCUCGCCGGGAGAGGUCUGAGCCCCCGGGAAUACAACUCGUACGGCUCCCGCCGAGGCAACGACGCUGUCAUGGCCAGAGGGACGUUCGCCAACAUCCGCCUCUUCAACAAAUUCCUCAACAAGCAGGCUCCCCAAACCAUUUACCUUCCCACUGGAGAGACGCUUGACGUGUUUGAUGCUGCAGAGAGAUACAAGCAGUCCGGGGUCCCGCUGCUGGUUCUAGCUGGGAAGGAGUAUGGCUCAGGGAGCUCCAGAGACUGGGCAGCAAAGGGCCCAUUUCUGUUGGGGAUUAAGGCAGUUCUAGCAGAGAGCUAUGAAAGAAUCCACCGCAGUAAUCUGGUUGGAAUGGGAGUGAUUCCCCUGGAGUAUCUUCCAGGAGACACCGCUGACAGCCUGGGGCUGACCGGCCGAGAGCGCUACACCGUCAUCCUCCCCGAGCAGCUAACUCCCCGCAUGAUCGUCGAUGUGAAGCUGGACACGGGGAAGACAUUCAAGGUGCGCGUGAGAUUCGACACAGACGUGGAGCUGACGUACUUUCACCAUGGAGGGAUUCUCAACUACAUGAUCCGCAAGAUGUCCCACAACUGAUCUGUUAGGUUAUUCUAAAUCUCAGCCAAAAACGCACAGCUGUAAACUCACCGGCCAAGAAUAAUCGUUUAGAAUCUGCCAAUUUUUCUUUUGAUCUUUUUCUGAACUCACAUUUUUCCCUCUAUGUUAUAACACUUUGAAACCUGAAAGCAUUAAAACUGGAAUUGGCAGCACCCACCUCAAAGAAAACCAGAAAUUGGUUCUGGCCUGCAAAGCCUGCUCCAUAUUAUGUGCUGUAAUAAUUUCCUGAUUAAGAGUAGUUGCAGCUGGAGUUAGUCGAGUAUAAACAGGUGAUGUGUUUGGUUUACCUCAACCUGAGGCCAUUCUGUAAAAGCUCUGGUUUCUAGCUGGGAUUUACGACAGACCUGAUGGACAUGGGUCUGACCCAGUUCUAAGGAUCACACCGCUUUAGUAUUGAACGGUUCAGACAUUGGGAUUAUGGGGAAGUUUUUCAUUCUUUAACUAUCCUGAAGGGGGCAGUAAUGGACUAACAUGGACAGGUAGAAGGAAGAAAGCCCCCAGAGUAACUGGUGCUCUGUGUGUUUUUGUUUCUGAGGGAUGGAGUCACAAGUUUUGGAUGAAUGUUCGUUUUAUAGUUUUGUUUUUUUCGCUGUCAGGAACGGUUUAAGCCCUCAGUCAAUCAUCUGUGGAGCUCCAUCCAUCCAUCCAUUCAUUUUCUUACUCGCUUUAUCAACAGAUCUCUAUUAUACAGCGGAGU